UCUAGCGGCUACACGAAAUUAGCUAUGGGUAGCUUCACGGAUAACGCUUUCCCAGCUGGAGAUGAAAGCGACGGCAGCAAUGACGAGUGGGACAUCGGGUGUCCGGAUAAAAAGUCUCCCCGCAUUAAGGAUUUGGGUGCUGUUGUACCAAAUGCAUCAGAUAACGUGUUGAUGUUGAAAACAGCCAUCAGUAAAGGAGACAUUGGGACUGUUGAACAGCUGUUGGACAAUGGCAUGGACAUUGAGACCAGGCUUGGCUUUGAAUGGACUCCUCUGAUGUGUGUCGUCAGUGUGGCUAAUUACGACCUGGCAAAACUGCUACUGGACAGAGGGGCCAGUGCCAACUUCAGCAAAGAUCAUUGGACGGUGCUCAUGGCCAGCUGCACAGCAUCUGGCAGUGAAGACAAAAUUGCUCGCUGUGUGGAACUUCUGCUAUCCAGAAAUGCUGAUCCCAACGUGUUGGACAGGUCUCAAAUGACCUGCCUGAUGCUGGCAGCCAGGGACAACCACAGUAAGGUCAUCAACCUGCUUGUCUCCCAUGGGGCAGAAAUCAAUGUCCAGGAUAGCAAUGGAUACACGGCUUUGUCAAUAGCAGUGCAGUAUGGCAGAGAGGAGGCAGUGCUAAAGCUCCUCCAGCUGGGAGCGGACAAAACAUUAAGGAACAAGGCUGGCAAGAGCCCUGCCGACUUGGCUGUGAUUUUCAAACGCACACAGAUAUGCAGGGUCCUGGCCUUUUCGUCCCACAUCUCUACUGUCCAAACCUUCAGCUCCAUGGAGGAGACCCUCUCAAAGUACUUCAAGACAAACUCUGAACCGCCACCUUCCCAAGAAAGUGUAAACAAGCUUGAUGACCUUGAGCUCCUCCUACACGGCCUUGAUCUUGGCUACCUCACCGACAUUAUGACUGAACAUGACAUCACCUGGAGCUACCUGUUGACCAUGGAGAAGGACGACCUGGAGAAGAUUGGGAUCACAGACCCGGUGGACCAGCAGAAGGUGUUGAGUGCUGUGCAGCAGAUGCACCUGGAUAAAGUGGACUUUGACAAAAUCAGCCUGCCAGGAACCGCAGAGAGUGGGGGUGAAGAUCUGCAGAACUUCCUGAUAAGUGUGAGGCAGCAGUGCUGCUACCUGACAGAGACGAUUCAGGACGUCAUCAGCCGUUUUCCCCGCCAAGCUUCUCAGCUAGUCUUCUCACUGGACCCGAAGAAAGAUGCCCAGGCCAUCUGCAACCAGCUGGUGAUCCAGACUAAAGACCUGCAGAAGGAAGUCACCUGCCUCCGCAAUCUUCUAUGCCAGAUGGACGAGGCCGGAGAUUGCGGUCAGCUUCCGAAACCUGAUUCCCACAGCAAUCAGAGGAUGCGUUCCCUGACCACAGUCGCACUGAGUGCGCUCGGAGCCACCGUCCUCUUACUCCUCUACAAAGCUGCCAGUGGGAAGGUUUACCUGCAGAUGUAAAGGAGUGUAAAGGAGUGUGUGUUAAAGAAUAUUUUGUUUUUGAUAACCGUAGAUGAUCAAUUAGAUUAUGGAACAACUGAUUUGUUUUAGGACAUUGUUUGACAAGACAGCAUUUAUAUUUUUGCUGCUGUAACACUUGUUUUCCACUUUGAUCUGUCUAGUCUUGAGUUUAGUUCUGAAUUAUGUUUUAAAGGUUUAAAGUGAAAAUUAAAGUUUCUUAUGAGGAACAAUUUCUUGCA